AGAUGUGAGCGAUGCAAUAAUAAGAUGCAGAGGUUCAGCUUCGAGGAAGUCAGGAGAAUACUGGGUAACAACUUCUCCGACAUAUUCAACAUAAGCCAGAGUGAUAUCAUAAACAUCGGACCAUAUCCCGACGUGGACGGUGUGGAUGAAAAUGAAAGACGCCGGGAUCAUCGGUGCGGUUCGCUGGCAGACGUGGCGUCCGAUUACGCCGAGAACUACCACAUCUACUGUGCGAUCGGUGUGUGCGUUUUUGGCACAGUUUCGAACUCGCUGAACGUGGCCGUGUUGACGCGGAAGGAGAUGGCGAGCGUUCCCAUAAACAGGAUUUUGACGGCUUUGGCUGUGGCAGACAUGCUCUUAAUGGUCGAGUAUAUCUCGUUCCACAGUUAUUACUACCAGGAUGUUUCGGGUCGUAGGGAUUUUCCGUAUCUUGGUGCCGUUUUUGCGCUGUUUCACAUACACUUUUCGCAGGUCAUGCACACGACUUCGAUUUGUCUGACUUUGACGCUGGCGAUAUGGAGGUAUUUGGCGCUCGGGUACCCCGAGAAGACACACGUUUUGGGAUCGGACAAACGAUGCUCCCUCGCCAUCGUCUUGAGCUUCGUGAUUCCCAUCAUCCUGUGCUCCCCAACAUUUUUAUCGUUCCAUAUCAAAUCGAACGUGAUAAAGGAGGACAAGAAUUACACGCUGUACACAGCGGCGAUCGUUGACGAACUGAGAGAGAACGAAUUCUUGCUCAAAGCCAACUUCUGGAUGUACGGAGUGUUCAUUAAAUUAUUGCCUUGUUGCAUACUAUCUGUGAUCAGUUGCUGGCUGGUGAAGACGCUCAUGAAAGCCAAGAAGCGAAAGCAGAUACUGAGGAGCUACGAAACACACCCUUUACGAGUCGAAGGCAAGACAUGUGAUGCUAAACCAACGAAAGCUGAGAGGAGAGCUGACAGAACUACGAAGAUGCUCAUAGCUGUCCUCUUACUCUUCCUGGUUACGGAGUUUCCUCAGGGAAUCUUCGCGCUCUACAUUGCUCUCAAAGGGGAAUAUUUCUUCCUCGUCUGUUAUCAGAAGUACGGUGCUGUUAUGGACAUUUUAGCGUUAAACAACGGAUCUGUUAAUUUUAUUUUAUACUGCUACAUGAACCGUAUGUUCAGAUCUACCUUCGGUCAGCUUUUCAAGCAGAGACUUCUUUCCAAGCUUAAAGUUGAUAAUCCAAACUCAGAAGUUCAAUCUACACUGGUGUGAUUUUUCAGGAAUUUCCAAAAGAAUUCUGUGAUUUGAAAAUAAUC